AUGGCGCCGCUACGACGAACAACGAGGUCAAAAGCCAAGAAGGCAAAAAAGACGGACGUCUUGGUGCCGUCUAAGCCGGUGCCCGUGACGCUGUUGUCCGGCUUCCUCGGUUCAGGCAAGACGACUCUGUUGCAGCAUAUUCUGCGAAGUGAACAUGGACUUCGCAUUGCUGUUGUGGUGAAUGACAUUGGAGCCAUCAAUGUCGACGCCUCUCUCAUCAAGCAGACUCACCAACUUACAAAGACUGAUGAAAAAGUCAUUGCGCUGCAGAAUGGAUGCAUCUGCUGCACCCUGAGAGGAGAUUUGCUCGAGGAGCUCGUGCGGAUCUCCCAGCUCCAGCAGUUUGACUACAUCAUCAUCGAGAGCAGCGGCAUCAGCGAGCCGGAGCAGGUUGCCGAGACCUUUGACGCGCGGCUGGCAGACCAGAUGAGCCUCAUGACCGAGGGUGAUGGCAUGGCUGGCCUUGACGAGGACAUGGUCAAGGUCCUCAACAAACUGAAGAAGGCUGGUGGGCUGCAGAAGUUUGCUCGUCUGGAUACGACGGUUACCGUCAUUGAUGCCUUUACGAUGAUGCAUGACUUUGACACGGUGGAUCUGUUGUCUGCUCGGAGGGAUGACGUUACUCCAGAAGAUGAGCGAACGGUGUCGGAUCUCAUGGUUGAUCAGAUUGAGUUUGCGGAUGUGAUAAUCCUAAACAAGAUUGACAUGAUCAAUGACGAGACCAAGGCUCGAGUGAUUGACCUCAUCAAGAAGCUGAACCACCGGGCCAGGAUCCUCGAAUCCAAGUACAGCAGGGUGGAUGUCAAGGAGCUGGUCAACACGGGGCUUUUCGAUCUUGAAAAGGCGCAGUCUGGAUAUGGCUGGUUGCAGGAUUUGCAUGCCAUGACCGUACGAGAGGUGAAUGGCCGCAAAGUGGUGACUCCUAAGCCGGAGACGGAGGAGUACAACGUGCAGAACUUUAUCUAUUCUCGUCUUAAGCCUUUCCACCCCAAACGACUCUGGGCACUGAUCUACGACAAGUUCAUCUUGCAGAUGGAGCAGCCUGAUGACGAUGAUGAUGACGGCGAAGGAGAGGAGGAAGAGGGAGAAGACGCUGAAAUGGUCGACUUUCCAGACGUCGAAAGUGACAUGGAAGUGGAUGGCAUGACGCCGCCGGAAAACGACGUGAUCCUGGCCAACAAGCGCGCCCACCCGACGCUCGCCCGGCUGUUCCGCUCCAAGGGCGAGAUCUUCAUGGCGACGCGCCCCCACCGCUGCGGCGAGUGGUCCCAAGCCGGCGCGAUGCUGACCCUCACCGGCGGCCGCUCCUGGUUCUGCACGCUGCAGCCGGAGGAGUACACGACGGGCAACGAGGACGUGGACGCCAUGGUGAAGCACGACAUUGCCAAGGGCGGCGAGUGGGGAGACCGGCGGCAGGAGCUCGUCUUCAUCGGGGAGGGGCUGGACCACAAGGCGUUGGAGGAAAUGCUUGACGGGUGCUUGCUUACGGACGGGGAGUAUGAGGCGUGGAAGGGGGUGAUGAGGAGGGAGGGGGUGACGGAGGGGGAGAGGAGGGAGAUGCUGGAGGAGUUGUUUGAGGAUGGGUUUCCGGAUUGGCCGGGGGAUGAUGAUGAGGAGGGCCAUGAGGGACAUGAUCAUUAG